GGCGCGCGGGAGGAGGAAGAGGAGGAGGGGGCGGGAGGAGGAAGGCGGCAGCUCUCGGGAGGAGCCUGUCCAGCGUGAGACAGCACAUUCAGCCGGCGGCGGCGGUCCUGCCGCAGGAACGGGCGGCACCGCGCACCGCCGCGGCGGCAGCGGCCAUUUGGGCUGCGGGGUUCGGUGAGAGCUGCGCGGCAACGGGAGCCGCUCCGCAUCACCCGGGCGCCGGCGGAGCAGAAUCAAAAUGUCGGACAAAAGUGAUUUAAAAGCAGAACUUGAGCGCAAAAAGCAGCGCUUGGCUCAGAUAAGAGAAGAAAAGAAACGGAAGGAAGAAGAAAGGAAGAAGAAAGAGGCUGAUCUACAGCAAAAGAAGGAGCCAGCUCAAGAAGAUUCUGACCUAGACCGCAAGAGAAGAGAGACAGAAGCUUUAUUGCAGAGCAUUGGCAUAUCCCCAGAACCACCUCUAGUCCCAACCCCUAUGUCUCCCUCUUCGAAAUCAGUGAGCACACCCAGUGAUGCAGGCAGCCAGGACUCUGGAGAUCUGGGACCCAUAGGAAGGACCUUGCAAUGGGACACAGACCCCUCAGUGCUGCAGCUCCAGUCUGACUCUGAACUUGGACGCAGACUGCACAAACUAGGGGUGUCAAAGAUUACCCAGGUUGAUUUCUUACCUCGGGAGGUGGUAUCCUACUCCAAGGAGACCCAGACACCUCUUGCCACACAUCAAUCUGAAGAGGAUGAAGAUGAUGAAGAAAUGGUGGAGCCAAAAGCACAGGAUGACUUGGAGACGGAAAAUCAAGACCAGAAGCAGGAAACUAAAGAAGCUCCUCCCAGAGAACUGACAGAAGAAGAAAAACAGCAAGUUCUCCAUUCAGAAGAAUUCCUGAUAUUUUUUGACCGGACAAUACGUGUAAUUGAGCGAGCUUUGGCUGAAGAUUCAGACAUAUUCUUUGACUACAGUGGCAGAGACGUAGAAGAGAAAGAUGGAGAUGUUCAAGCAGGAGCCAACCUUUCUUUUAACCGUCAGUUCUAUGAUGAGCAUUGGUCAAAGCAUCGUGUUGUCACCUGUAUGGAUUGGUCUCUGCAGUACCCUGAGUUGAUGGUUGCAUCUUAUAACAAUAAUGAAGAUGCUCCACAUGAGCCUGAUGGAGUAGCCUUGGUAUGGAACAUGAAGUUCAAGAAAACCACACCAGAAUAUGUUUUCCAUUGUCAGUCCUCUGUGAUGUCUGUCUGUUUUGCCCGCUUUCACCCGAACCUGGUUGUUGGUGGAACAUACUCUGGCCAAAUUGUCUUGUGGGAUAAUCGCAGCCACAGACGAACUCCUGUUCAGAGAACUCCCUUAUCUGCUGCUGCUCACACGCAUCCGGUGUAUUGUGUCAAUGUAGUUGGAACACAGAAUGCACACAAUCUCAUUACUGUCUCCACGGAUGGAAAAAUGUGCUCCUGGAGCCUGGACAUGCUCUCAACUCCACAGGAGAGCAUGGAGCUGGUAUACAACAAGUCCAAACCAGUGGCGGUUACAGGAAUGGCUUUCCCAACCGGAGAUGUCAAUAACUUCGUUGUUGGCAGUGAAGAAGGAACAGUCUACACAGCCUGUCGUCAUGGAAGUAAAGCCGGCAUUGGUGAAAUUUUUGAAGGCCACCAAGGACCCGUCACAGGAAUCAAUUGUCACAUGGCAGUGGGCUCAAUUGACUUUUCCCAUCUCUUUGUCACAUCAUCAUUUGACUGGACAGUGAAGUUGUGGACCACAAAGGUUCCCACAGCUAGUGUGACAAUAGAAGGAGCUUCUGCCCUCAACCGUGUCCGCUGGGCCCAGGCUGGAAAGGAGGUAGCAGUUGGUGAUUCAGAAGGCCGCAUAUGGAUCUAUGAUGUUGGAGAGCUGGCGGUCCCGCACAACGACGAAUGGACGCGCUUCGCUCGGACCCUGGUGGAGAUCCGCGCCAACCGGGCGGACAGCGAGGAGGAGGGGGCGGUGGAGCUGGCGGCCUAGAGGAAGAGGAGAAGCGGCCUUCCCUGCCGAGCGGCGGCCGAGCCUGUCGUGCUGUGGCUGCCGAUGGCAGCGUGCGUGCCAGUAUUGCUCAGAGCAUUCCAUAUUAAUCACACAGCUUUACACGGGGCUGAAAAUAUCCAGAGCAUUUUCAUACUUUAUAUUUCUGUCUGAAAAGUAAGAAAGAAAAGACAAAUCAACCCUUUAUGGGUUUAGUUGUUGCCUUUUAACUACUUAGUAGCUGUAUUUAAUAGCUAGGAACCCCUGGUUAAACUUGUGCUCACAUUGCCCUUCUGGCGUAGUCCUAUUAAAUCCAUAUGAAGCCAGAUAUGAUUAUGUGCAGAUGUGGUGUGCUUCACUGUAUGGGACUGGGCCAAAGGCUUUAGAUGUGGUGUUUCACAUGGUGACUUACAUUAUGAAUGGAUGUACUAUACGAAAGUUGCUGCUCCUUAUUUAUUGCGGUGUGCUGCAUGGAACAUAUUUAUUUGAAAGCAUUAAAAUAAACGAUCCUAAAGCAUGUGCAUAAUGAGAGAACUGCAUUGUCUGUGUGCUGCUGUAGAGGUUACAUUAAAGUCCGCGUAACAAUUACAGUACAUCAGUUGUGCUUAAGAUGUAAGAUCUAUAAAGGUUGGCUUGAGUGGAUGGAGUGCGUUUCCUUUCCUUUUUUUAAGACGCCCAUUAUUUCUAGGCACUUUAACAAUAUUUCACAUACAGUCGGUCACUGAUACUUGUCAUGCAAGUUAACACUAACAGUCUGACAAAGGGUUGUGGUUCCCGAGUAUGACACUUAGCGUUGCCAAUAAAACGUAUCCAGCCUGUUCUGUCA